AUUUCCCUAUGGAUUCUAAUAAUGGCAACUGUAGAGGCUCCGGCAAUGAGCGUUGCAAAUGCAAACCUAUUAAAGCUACCCAGAAGACUUAUCUUCGGAACAAUUAUAACUAUGUCAUUCGGGCUAAAGUGAAGGAGGUGAAGACUAAAUGUCAUGAUGUCACCGCAGUAGUUGAAGUAAAGGAGAUACUAAAAUCUUCCUUGGUGAAUAUUCCUAAGGACACUGUUAACCUUUACACAAACUCUGGCUGUCUAUGCCCACCACUCAGUGCUAAUGAAGAAUACAUUAUAAUGGGCUAUGAAGAUGAGGAACGCUCCAGGUUACUCUUGGUAGAAGGCUCCAUAGCUGAGAAAUGGAAGGAUCGUCUUGGUAAAAAAGUAAAGCGCUGGGAUCAGAAACUCCGUCAUCCUGGAAAGGGCAAAAAUGAGCCUGGACAAAGUGAUUCUGCUCAAAAGUCUGGCAAGAACAGUAAUCCACGACAAACACGCAACUAAAUGUGAAAAGCUAUAUAAAAAUCAAUGGACUAUAUAUUAAGACUUGCAUUGUUGGAGCAGCAAGGGAGAAAUUGCACUAUUGCACGUUAUAUUCUAUUGUUUACUACAAAAUCAUGUUGUAGCUAAUUAGUUAUUUUCCCUCGUUUUCUGCCUUUUUUGGGGGAGGGGGGUGUAAAUCCUGAAAAUAUAUAUAUUUUCUCUCAGUAAUAACUGCAGAAAACUGCCCUUAUGAGAUAAAAAUAGGACGACACAUUUACUGAAGUUAAGACAUGUUGGUGGUUUUAUCAGUGGGGCCAUGUUGCUUAGAGAAAGACUUCAACAUAGGAAUGGGAUCUGGCCAGACCAGGACCUUUUUAAAAAAAAAAAAGACUUUAACCCAGCUUCUCUGCUCCUGUCCCUUUUUCUUGCAUGUUUGAUCAUGGCUGCAGCAACUGGGUUAUUUUAAUGUAUAAGUUUUAGUCUGAAAUAUAAUGGCCAUAUAUCUACACAUAAAUUAAGAAUUAUAUGGCACUUCUGGAAAGACACUGAAGAGCAAAAUAAAUUGUUAGCAGCAGCAAAGUGGUAAGGGAAAUUUUGACUGGUUGAAAACCAGUUUAAAUAUUUAGCUCUGCAGUUAUCUAACAACAACAAAAAACCUAAUCAGCAUUAAGGAAGUGAUUCAUGUUAAAAGUGGUGUUCUAAUCAGCACAACCCUUCAAUUUGCUUACUCUUAAAUAAGCCACUAUGUAGGUUUAAGUCUAACUUACAUCUGUCACAAAAAAAACACAUGGGACUUCUUAAAUGCUUUAAUCCUUGUGGGAAAUGUAUAGUUCUGUUAACUCACAACAUAAUUUACGGUAUACUUGCUCUCGUAAUGGCAGUUCCUUCCCCUUCCCGCCCCCCCCCCCUCCAUCGUAGGAGUAGACUGACUUACCAGGCCUGCUUCUCAGUAUAGGUCUGCACUUUAUCAUUUUGAUUUUGUGGUGUUAUUCUUAUUUCUGUGCCUACAUAAACAGCAGUGUUUAAUGCUCAGUAAAAUAUGUUUAAUAAAAGAAUUAUAGUUGUCAGAGACCUUAUCCUGACUUUUGCACCAAAUGAACGUUUAAAAUCCAUGAUUUAUUAUUGUCCACAGUGUAUGCCAGCGCGCAAAAAAAAAAAAAAAAACCUUACAUUUUCUUCCUUCAAUAGAAUUUUUUAGUCAGUGCCAACAAUUUGAAAUCAUCAUUUUUUUAAAAGUAUAAUGAUGUAAGUAGAGUACCAGGCUUCUGAGCUAUGGUGUACAGAAAAUAAAACAUUUAUGAUGCAAA